CGCACUUAUCCACACAACUGUCAUUUGCAAAGUGGGUCUACAAACCCAAGCAUUAGGGCCACAGGUGGAUUGCCCUAUUUCAGUACACCAAGCAAAAAAUGUAACGCCAACCAACCCAGUGACAUCAAGUUCUGCACUGAUACAAAAUGGCGCUACACAUGCUGUAAAAUCUUUAAACACUUAUUUCUUAAACCAUACUUCAAAAACAUUGUUAAGUCCAGGACAUGUUUUUAGAGUAGGGUUCAAUGGUGUAAAUCUUCCAUAGCAUUUCCUGUUAACUUCAGACUGAAUUAGUAUCAGACUGAUGACAGAUCUUAAUAGUACAUCUAUGCAUCACAGAUGUGAAAGUGUAAGUGAAUGGAUGACUGUAACUUGUUGUAUAAAGUUAUAAGAGUAUAAAAGUAUUGUAUUGGAAAAAGAUUUUUUUUAGUACAUUAUUUGUAGUGAAUUGUUCUUUCCAUUGUAAAUUCAUAUUUAAAUGGGCCUUUGUAUAUGCUUCUUUUCCGUAUAUGAACCGACGUUAAAUUGCAAAUUUGGGCGUGUCCCUCCUUUUGCUGAACCUGUACAUCGAAUGGGAAUGAUCUGUCUCUAUUCGAUUUUUUCUUUUGCUGCACCAAAAGGUAUAAAUACCUUCAUUUACACUGCAGUACUUUAAUGCUACUAAGAGUUUAGCUCAAGAAAUGACAUCAACACAGAGAUUGCCAGAGAAGGGAUGGGCAUUUCUGCAUCUAUUGUUGGUGGCAUCUGUCUCUCAUGCUGAGGAGCCAGUGUGCCGGCGUAGAGGAGAUCCUGAGAACCCACUGCUAUCUAAGGAUGGGGAUAUUAUAUUGGGGGGUAUCUUCUCUUUUCACACAAGCUGGAAAGACAGAAAAGAUUCCUACAUGAACAAACCUCUGCCACUACAAUGUACCAGUUUAAAUUUCAGAGAUUUGCAGUUUGCCCAGGCUAUGCUUUUUGCCAUUGAGGAGAUUAAUAACAGUACAGACCUACUUCCACGAAUCUCUCUGGGCUAUAAAAUCUAUGAUAAUUGUGGAUCUGUUGCCAGAAGUGUAGGAGUUACACUAGCUUUGGCUAAUGGUAAUGAAAUUGUGUCUGUACCAUCCAAGACAUUAUGUACCAGACCUGCACAUGUGCAGGCCAUAGUAGGAACAACGUCUUCUUCUACAACCGUAGCAGUAGCUACUGUCAUUGGACCUUUUUUUAUUCCAGUUAUCAGCCACUUUGCAACAUGUGCUUGUCUCAGUGACAAAACCAAGUACCCAUCCUUCCUAAGAACAAUACCCAGUGACUACUACCAGAGCAGAGCCCUGGCACAUUUGGUCAAGUAUUUUGGAUGGACUUGGGUUGGAGCUAUCAGAUCCAAUAAUGAUUAUGGAAAUAAUGGCAUGGCCACAUUCACAGAAACUGCACAGCAGCUGGGCAUCUGUUUGGAGUAUUCUGUAUCGUUUUUUAGGACAGAUCCCUAUGUGAAAAUACAAAAGAUAAUUGAAAUUAUAAAGGCUUCAACCUCCAAGGUGAUUGUUGCAUUCCUUGCCCGCGCAGAUUUUAAUGUGCUGCUACCUGAGUUUUCAUACCAUAACUUGUCUGGGUACCAGUGGGUAGGCAGUGAGUCUUGGAUAUUUGAUUCACAAACAGCAGAAAUGGAUAUGCAUCACAUACUGGAUGGUGCCAUUGGUGUUUCCAUUCCCAAAGCACAUGUCACUGGCCUGAGAGAGUUCAUACUGAAUAAGAAGCCAAUUAAUCCAUCUAAUAAUGAAUUGCUUACUGAGUUCUGGGAGACAACAUUUAGUUGCAAGUUUAAGGAGUUGAAGUCAUCAUCAGACAUUCAGAGAGAGUGUACUGGACAUGAAGAUAUGACUGGAGUUCAAAAUAACUUCAUUGACAUGUCUCUAAUGCCUAUCUUUAACAAUGUCUAUAAAGGAGUGUAUGCAGUGGCCCAUGCACUUCACAAUAUCCUCAGCUGUAAUAAAACAUGUAACAAAAAUGUGCAGCUAGAUCCAUUCAUGGUUCUGCAACACAUACGAAACAUCCAUUUCACAACAAAGGAAGGAGAUGAGGUUUACUUUAAUGAGAAUGGAGAUCCAGCAGCAAAGUAUGAAAUUAUAAACUGGCAGCCAAGAGAAAACGGUGUUGUUGAGUUUGUCAUAGUUGGUCUUUAUGAUACAUCAUUAACUACAGAAAAACAGCUAAAACUGCAAAACAAGUCUUUAAUUUGGGCAAGAAACUCAAAGCAGGUGCCUGUGUCAGUUUGCAGUGAGAAAUGUCCCCCAGGAACACGCAAGGUUCUCCAGAAAGGAAGGCCUGUUUGCUGCUAUGACUGUAUAAGGUGUGCAGAGGGAGAAAUCAGCAACGUUACAGAUUCUAUCACCUGUGUGAAAUGUCUACCUGAGUUUUGGUCAAAUGAAAGAAGAGAUGCCUGUAUAAAGAAGGAAGCAGUGUUUCUGUCAUAUGAAGAGAUUAUGGGAGCACUGCUUACUGCAGCAUCUUUAUUCGGGGCAUGCAUGACGAUUGGUGUGAUACUCAUUUUCUUCAAGUAUAGGAAAACUCCUAUUGUCAGGGCAAACAACUCUGAACUGAGCUUCCUGCUGCUCUUCUCCUUAAUUCUGUGCUUCCUGUGUUCUCUGACAUUCAUCGGUCAGCCCUCUGAUUGGUCCUGUAUGCUCCGACAUGUAGCAUUUGGCAUCACCUUUGUCUUCUGUAUCUCUUGUCUUCUGGGAAAAACAAUGGUAGUUUUAAUGGCCUUCAGAGCUACUCGUCCAGGUAGUAAUAUUAACAAAUGGUUUGGGCAGACACAGCAGAGACUCUGUGUUACAGCAUUCACGCUUAUACAAGUUAAUAUUUGUAUCAUCUGGUUAACAACUUCUCCUCCUUUUCCGUUUAAGAAUUUUAAGGAAAUCAAAGACAAGAUCACAUUGGAGUGUGCCCUAGGCUCGGCUGUAGGCUUUUGGGCUGUGCUUGGUUAUAUAGGACUUCUGGCUAUUUUAUGUUUUAUUUUUGCAUUUUUAGCUCGAAAACUACCCGAUAAUUUCAAUGAGGCCAAGUUUAUCACUUUUAGCAUGCUGAUAUUCUGUGCAGUAUGGAUUACAUUUAUCCCAGCAUAUGUCAGCUCCCCUGGGAAGUUCAGUGUUGCUGUAGAAAUAUUUGCUAUCCUUGCUUCCAGUUUUGGACUGCUAAUUUGCAUCUUCAUACCCAAAUGUUAUAUCAUCUUACUGAAACCAGAAAAGAAUACAAAAAAACAUAUCAUGGGGAAGAAGGCACCAUAGUCACUUUGAAAACUGAAUGCAGUCAAAUGGAAUUUUAAUGUUA